UCCAGAGAAACCUCGGAGAACUGUACUGGCUCCUGCCCACCCCAGCCUCCCCAUGAAACCUGCCAGGAGGUCCCAGCGCCGCCAGAGCAUCCGCAGACAUGCCAGUCACCACCACCUGUGCCCGGAUGCCCUACUGCUUGGUGGCACCAGUGUGGAUGCAGAGGACAGCAGCGACCCAGAGAGAAUCUUCCAGAAUCUCCAGCUGCAGAAGGAUCUGGUGGCCAACAUUCGCUGCCGGCCCUGGACCAUGACGCAGAAGCUUCGGGCUCUGAGACACGCCAAGGAGACAGUACUCAGGUUUGAGGGGAGACUCACCAGGACUCGUGGCUACCAGGCGGCAGGCAGCGAGCUCUGGAGGAGGCUCCUGCGUCUUGCCUCUAAUUUUGCUGCCCUCUUCAUCCCCUGGGAAGUGAGAAUAAAGAAAAUUGAGAGUCACUUUGGCUCCAGCGUUGCCUCCUACUUCAUCUUCCUGCGGUGGCUAUUUGGAGUCAAUGUUGUGCUAUCGGUGAUGAUGGGCGCCUUUGUUGUCAUCCCCGAGCUCAUCGCCGGGCAGCCCUUUGGGAGUACUGCCAGAAAGAGAGUCCCCCCGGAGCAUGUGGCAUCUGCCCAAGACCUGGACACCGUGUGGUCCCUGGGGGGCUACCUGCAGUACUCCGCUCUCUUCUAUGGCUACUACGGCCGGGAACGUCGCAUCGGUCAAGUGGGCUACCAGCUGCCCCUGGCCUACUUCCUGGCAGGCAUGGCCAUGUUCGCCUACAGCUUCGUGGUGCUCCUGAGGAAGAUGGCCAAGAACUCAAGCAGCAGCCUGGCUGGAGCCUCGGAUGAGAGCUACACCUUCUGCUGGCGCGUCUUCUGUGCCUGGGACUACCUCAUUGGGAACCCUGAGGCUGCUGAGAGCAAGACGGCCGCCAUUGUCAACAGCAUUCGGGAGGCAAUUCUGGAGGAACAGGAGAAGAAGAGAAACAAAAACCUGGUCGUGACCGUGUGCCUGCGGGUCGUGGCCAACGUGCUGGUGCUGCUCUCGCUGGCUGGCAGCAUCUUUCUCAUCUACUUCGUGGUGGGCCGUGCCCAGCGGCUGGAGCGGGCGCAGCGUGAGCUCACACUCUGGGAGAAGAAUGAGGUGAGUGUGGUGGUCUCCCUAGUGACUAUGCUGGCCCCAUCUGCCUUUGACCUCAUCGGGGCCCUGGAACGCUACCACCCCCGCACCAUGCUGCGCAUCCAGCUGGCAAGGGUGCUGGUUCUGUACCUGGGAAACCUGUACAGCCUCAUCAUAGCUCUCCUGGACAAGGUGAACAGCAUGAACACCCAGGCCACAGCCAUAAGGAACAACACAGCUUCUUGGACAGACACUGUCCUGGCCACUGGCACAGCUCCCACAGGAGAGAGGUGGUCAGGGCUCCCGGGAAACAGCUCAGGGGCCCCCAGGAUGCCCCUUCUGGAAGCCAACAGCACCACCACACCAUCCCAGAGUCCCCCAGGCCCAUGCUGGGAGACCUACGUGGGGCAGGAGCUGCUGAAACUAUUGGUGGUUGACCUACUCUUCACCGUGGCCAGCGUGCUGCUCAUAGACUUUGCCCGAGGCCUGGUCGUGCGCUUCCUCAGCGACUACUGGUGCUGGGACCUUGAAAACAAGUUUCCUGAGUAUGGAGAAUUCAAGAUCGCUGAGAACGUCCUGCAUCUGGUCUACAACCAGGGCAUGAUUUGGCUGGGCGCCUUCUUCUCCCCAUGUCUCCCUGCCCUCAAUGUCCUCAAACUCACUGGACUCAUGUACCUGCGCAGUUGGGCUGUGCUCACCUGCAACGUGCCCCACCAGCAAGUGUUCCGAGCCUCCAGGUCCAACAACUUCUACCUUGCUACGCUCCUAUUCAUGCUCUUCCUGUGCCUGCUGCCCACGGUCUUCGCCAUUGUCCGCUACAGGCCGUCCCCGCACUGCGGCCCAUUCAGUGGCCAGGAGAAGAUGUACGAUGUGGUGGCCGAGACUGUGGCUGAGGACUUCCCCACCUGGGUGGGCUCCGUGCUAGGCUACGCUACCAGCCCCGUGGUGAUUCUACCAGCCAUGCUGCUGCUCCUCAUGCUCAUCUACUAUCUGCAAAGCAUCGCUCGCUCUCUGAAGCUCAGCAACCAACAGCUCCGGGCACAGGUGCAAGACGCACAGUCAGGCGGCAGGAAGAAGCUAGCACUGCUGGUGGGAGCUCAGACCCAUAGCCAGGAGGGGAGCAUGGAGCAGCUUCCGAGGGGCAGUAGGCUUGGUUCCCAGCUUGAUCCCCUGGACACAUCCCAGAACAGCUGCCACAGAAUCAGCACCUGCUCCCCAAAAGGGAGGUGCUCACGUGCUCCAAGCACCCAUAAUAGGAACCUUCCCAGUCGGGGGACACUGGCCCAGUCCCACACCCAGGCUCGCUCAGACCCUCCCUCCAGGAAAGGCUGCCGGCGUCGCCUGAGACCUCAUGGGUCUCUCUGGCCCAAAAGCCGCUUCAGGAUCAACAGCUCGGGGGACAUCAUCGUGCUGUCCCCCAACACCAUGAGGCGAAGUGUGCCCUGGGCCUCCUGGUGGGCAAUUUCCUCAGCACCUAGUGAGGAAGAAGGGGAGGAAGAGGAGAUCCUCAGGGCAGGGCUUAGUCCCCGGCCUCUCCACCCAAGCUCCCUAGCAGAUCUACCCAGGGUGCCCCGAUUCUAUGCCAGCUCACACCGAGCACCCAGGUGCCAGGGAAAGGGACUCUCCACCUCUUGGAAUGGUGACCUAGGUCCGCCCAGCCGACCAGUGUCUUUGCACAGGAAGUCACGUGGCAGACACCCCCAGUACCCCUGGAGACCCCGGGCUGCACCUGCCCUCACAGAGUCCGACUCGGUAUCCAGCAGUGACCUGCAGUCUAUGGGUUCUACCCCCCAGGCCAGGCCCCACUGGGAGGGGAUCCCCCCACCUUGGCACCCGCAGUCCUGGAGGCAGGUUCCUGUGGCUGCCCAGGACCUGGUCUGCUCCUAUGUCUAGGCCCCAGAAUCCCCUUCUGAGGCUCAUGACCAGCUGCAGAGCUGGGCUGUCUGGACUCCUGGACACAGGCAGCCAAUGAGCAGCAGAGUGGUCCCAGAAACUGC